CCAGAAUCCCGACGACACAUCCUCGCCGGACCAACGAUGCAAUGGCCCUGGUCGGGCGGCGAGGACGACGGCGAGACGAAGAGGGACUUCUCUAACCGCAUUGCAAAGCUCAAGUCAGACGACUGGGCGACCGCCCUUACUGAUCCCGCGACAAUCGGCACGUCGCUUGCUUUGACAGCUUCCACUGUAGCGUUUCUACGAUUCUACAAAUCCUACCUGCGCCGUAUACCCAGCGUGAACCAUAUCAAACCGGAUUACUUUCGCCGAAGAAGCCUGUUCGGGCAAGUGACCAGUGUUGGCGAUGCAGACAACUUCAGGCUGUUCCACACACCUGGCGGGAGGAUAGCUGGGUGGGGCUGGGUACCCUGGAGAAAAGUGCCCACGAAGCGCGAAGGACUGGCAAAUAAUACAAUACACGUCCGCAUUGCUGGUGUGGAUGCACCUGAACUGGCUCACUGGGGCAGAGAAGCACAGCCAUAUUCCAAGGAAGCGCUCGAUUGGCUCACGGCCUACAUCCAUAAUCGACGUGUUCGAGUGCACAUAUUCCGACGCGACCAGUACGAUAGAGUUGUAGCUCAGGUCACUGUGCGUAGAUGGUUACGCAACAGAGACGUCGGGCUGGAGAUGCUGAGGAAUGGACUUGCGACUGUUUACGAAGCGAAGACGGGAUCUGAGUUUGGAAAUUUCGAGCAACAAUACCGUGAUGCCCAGAAAAAGGCUGAAGAGCAAAAGGUCGGCAUGUGGACAAAGCCAAGCCUCUUGGGCCGCUUACGGGGGGAAAGUUCGAAGAAGGCAGAGACACCGAGGGAAUACAAACAACGGCAUGCGGCAGCUGACAAGCAAAAGAAGACUGGAUGAUGGCCGAGCUUGGGGUAUUGAGAGACAUGGUCUCAAGGUUGCAUGGACCAGAUAUCCAUGACCACGAUUCGGAUCCAACCCGUUCCAGAGGACGUUCCAGUGCACUGCGUAAUCGCGGGAAAUUCACGACGGAGACGCAGAGGAUACAGGAAUCCUCACCUCGGCAUGUUGCCGUGUGUGGACUUUGUAAAUGUAGUGCACAAGUAGCAUGGUGAUUGAUACCCAAUAAUCGUGAAGGGAGCUGUGCAUGGUCUGCCAACGCUUCGUCCAAGC